AUAUUUCCUUUUCUCGAUGAAAAGUGAACCCUUUAUUGCUGUUUUUAUCAGAUUUCGAUUGAUAUUUUUUAGGAAACGACUCGCUAUUUUAAUAAUUCUUCAGUCAGAGUUGUUAUAUUACUUGUCUGAAUAAAAUGCAUUCGAUAGUUUUUUUUAUUUAUUACAAAAGGCGUUUUGAUUAUCAAUGCACGGUCUCGCUAAGAUGUCAUUCCGCAGCGCAAUACCGGUAUUGUACACGUCGGAUCGUUUUAAUUCAAACUGACGGUGCGUAUUGGAAUCCAAACGAGGUUCAUAUAUUGUUGACAUAAAUUUGGAUGACUCGUUUAUUUAUAAGAGGUAAACAAUGUACGCAUUACUCGAGAUGUGUACAAACAACCUGAAGUGAUCAAGUGGUCUGCUAUAAUGCGAGGCUGUAAAUUCAUCAUCCAACAUGGUUUAGUUUUCAAAGUAAAUACUCCUUUUACUAAAUACAUGUAAAAGGGAAGAUACGGAAGGCUAUGGCAAGCGGUUCGACGCAUAAUCCCAAGAAACUAGGUUUUAACUGAUAAACUAGGUUCUCAUUUUGAGAACCUAGGUUCUUAACAGAAAUUAUAAUCCCAAAUAAAAUAUUGUGUUCUCAUGAAAACUAAGGAUAUCCGAGAGAACGACGCAAAAAGCUGCCGAGAACCUAGGUUCUUGUGAAAACCUUGGAUAUCGAACGAGAAAAUUGGUUCUCGUAAAUAGUUUUGGCUUUAUUAUCUGAUAACUUAAGGUUUUCAUGAAAAUGUGUGUUUUUAUAAAUAUUCGUUAAAUGUCUGACUGAAAACCGGGGUUCUGAAAUGAUAGCUUAGGUUCUCAUGAGAACCUAAGUUCUAUGUGUCUAUGUGCGUCGUCUGGCCGAGAACAUGGGUUAACUGAGGUUUUCAAAUGAGAUCACAGGUUUCUGAAUGAAUAUUUAGUGUGGCAAUCGGUUCAUCCCAAGAAAAUAUGUUUUUACUGAAAACGUAGGUUCCCAUUCUGAGAACCUAGGUUCUUACCACAAAUUAUGAUAUCAAAUGAAAUCUUGUUACGACGCGUAAUUCUGGGAACCUAGGUUCUCAUGAGAACUACGGUUCCUUAAUAAAAACCACGGAUAUAGAAUCAAAGACGAUAACUUAAGUUCUCGUCAUAAGAAGUAUGGUUUUCACAGAUUAUUUAACGUCUGUCGAUACCUUUGUUUUCAAAUAAGAACAUAGGCUAUCAUCGUUUGAUGCACAUUUUAUGGUAACUUGGGUUCUUGUUAAAACCUAUGAUAUCGAAUAUCAACUUGGGUUCUGGAAGUCAUGUGCAAUCUUCAAGCGAGAACCUAGUUUCUCAGUAAAAACCUAGUUUCUUGGGAUUAAGCGUCGAACCGCUUGCCAUAGAAGGCAUUUACAUUCUGAAUCAUUCGCUCUUGCCGUGCGUUCGAAUCCCAGCGAACAACAUUGGACACUACAAAAUUCCGCCUACUUACUUAUGUUUUUUAUUUAGAAAUUUCAAAAAUGUGGAAUUGUUAACCAUAUAAAUCUACAUGUUUCACAAAUAAUAUUUCCUGUUGAAAUGGAAAAGUGUCGCUUUGGUAUUGCAUUAUAUUUUCUCUUCUUCUAAGAAAGCAAUUUAUGGAUUCAUAAAAAGCAUAUUAAAGCUUAUAUUAGCACAUGCAGUUCUUUUCUAUCAGUCAACGAUAUUAAGUCCACGCUAAGACUUUUUCAAGCAAAUAAAUAUGUUCUCGAUGCUACUACAUUUAUUCGAUGCGCACGCACAACCAUUGUUUCGAUAUUCACUUAAAGGGGUUUAGAAAGGAUAUGUGUGACUUUACUAGCGGUGUUACUUUUGGUAAGCUGGACAUUGUUUAUUUACUCUUACUAUGAAAAACUGCGAAAAUAAACAUGUUAUAAUACUUAAAAUCGAUUCUCUAAGUAUUCUUGAACGCGUACUAAAUUAUCCACCAGUCUCAGUGAUUGCCCGUAAGUGGCCACUCGAGAUUACGUUCGUUUUCAUCACGCCUACAACAGACGUCAGGAGCCGAAGCUGCUACUACUACUACUACUACUACUACUACUACUACUACCACUACCAAUACUACUACCACUACUAUUACUACUACUACUACAACUUCCACUAACUACUACAACUUCUACUCCUACUACUAUAAAAAUAAUUAUACUUCCGUACGACCAUGCACCGUUCAUGUUUGACUGGUACGAUAGGUAAAUUUGCAUAAAGCUAAUUGCGAAAUCCUAUUUAGCAUGAACAUUUUAAUCAGGAGAAUGGGUAUAUGCAAACAAAAAUGCGUACCUCGGUUAAUCUUGUAACUGGUUUGUUUAAACUUAAAUUUUUACCGCAUUUUAACAGCACGUUUAUUAUGUAUAAAUGCCAGGAAUAAAAAUACAGUUAAGAACCGUAAUAAAUCAGCGGCAAAGUCAAGUAUUUGAAGAAAUCGCAUCGCGUACAAGACGAGAGCUUAGUGAGACUCGACUGCAGCGCACAGUCGCACGAUCGGACGCGGUACAUGCCAAUGUUAGAGCAAUAUCAAAUCAUCGUCAGAAGGACAAGUGAACACAACAGAAUCUGUUUGGUGAUCAGGACGCCAAUUUAGCAAUCUCGUCGUCGUCAUCGUCGUGGAAUUUAUUCUCAUUUUCCUUUUUACAAACGUUAAAAUUCGUCGUCGGCGUCAUCUUGAAUUAUAUUAAACAUUUUCACGAUACCCAGCCAUGACUGUUACAACAGGCUUUCAUUGGGCAGACUACGUCAUCUUUGUCCUCGUUCUCGUCAUUUCCACCGCCAUCGGCAUUUGGUUCGCGUGGAAAGACCGGAAGAACCAGAAUGCAGACGACUUCCUUCUCGGUGGGCGAAAGAUGGGCAUACUUCCAGUCUCCCUAUCGCUCAUGGCGACGCUGCUGUCCGCGGUGAUGGUUCUCGGAGUUCCGGCGGAAGUCUACUACAACGGCGCCAUCUAUUGGCUUAUCCUGUUUUCCAACGUUCUCGUAUACCCAGUGGCUGCGCACGCGUUCCUCCCGGUGUUCCACAAUCUGGGCAUCACGAGUGCGUACGAGUACCUCGAGAUGCGCUUCAACACGCUCAUGCGUAUCCUCGGCUGUAUCUCUUUCCAGAUCCAAAUGAUUCUCAGUAUGGCCUUGGGUCUCUUCGCGCCGGCGAUUGCUCUUAAUCAAGCCAUGAAUGUGAGCAUGCUGGUGUCUAUCCUGGUGAUCGGAGUAAUCUGUACAUUCUACACCGCUAUCGGCGGUCUGAAGGCAGUGCUGUGGACAGACACGUUCCAGAUGGUGGUGAUCAUGGUGGGCUUCAUCGCCGUGCUCUGGCAGGGCUCAGACGAGGUGGGAGGCUUCGGCGCCAUUUGGGACUUAGCUAAAGAGGACGGAAAACUUUCGCUCGGCAAUUUCGACACAUCAAUUACUGCGCGGCACACGUUCUGGACCCUGAUUGUUGGUGCCGGAAUCAAUACCCUCACCGUGUAUGCCGGGAAUCAGGCAAUGAUUCAGCGAUAUUUGGCAAUGCCAACCGUCAGAAAGGCGCAAAUUGCGUUAUACCUGCAGUUACCGGCAGGUGUAGUUGUGACGUCACUCUUCGUGUACGGCGGUCUCGUUCUGAACGCCAAAUACCGCGUAGACCCCAUCUCGGACUGCACCCUACAGUAUCCUGAUCAGCUGUUCCCGUAUUUGGUAAUGGACGUUCUGGGCAACUUCAACGGACUUCCGGGCCUCCUGUUGGCCUGCAUUUUCAGCGCCUCCCUGAGCACGAUAUCUUCGGGUAUCAACGCCAUAGCGCUAGUGUUCAUGGCAGACAUCGUGCAGCCCGCGUACAUGGCGGUAAAGGGGGAGAUAAUGGGGGAGCCGCAAGCCACUAUUUGGUCUAAGGUCAUAGCGAUGUUAUGCGGCGCGGUUACUAUCGGGAUCGCGUUCCUGGCAGACCUCUUUGGGGACCUGAUCCUGCAGGUGGCGCUAAGCAUCUACGGCAUGAUCGGCGGGCCGCUACUGGGCGUCUUCCUGUGUGCCAUGUUUGCUCCAUCCAUCAACGAAUGGGGAGCUCUGGCCGGGCUGAUAGUGAGCACCAUCAUGUCAUGUUGGAUCAGCAUCGGCGCCAUCAUCAUGGCUAACAACAACCGUCCACCGCCGCCCGUCUGCUUCAACAACGCCACCAUCUACAACAUGACGACGACGACGAUGACGUCAGUGAUGACGUCGACAGUGAUGAGUAACGUGACAGACGCCCCGAAAGAAAUGUCCGGCCUGGACACGUUCUACAGCGUCUCCUAUCUCUGGUACAGCGCCUUCGCCGUUAUCGUCUUCAUCUUGGUGGCUUUUCCGGUCAGCUGGCUUACAGGUGGCACAAAGCACAAGCCGGUGGAUGCCCGCCUUCUGUCGCCAGUUUACCACGCCAUAGUCGGCAUGAGCACCAUCAACUAUGGAAAAGACAAACUUGAGAUGGACUACAAACCAACAGAUCACCAGAACGGUAAACAUGACUUGUACACGGUGGAUGACAAACUGCGAAAGAACGGUAAACACGACUUCUACGUGGUUGACGACAGCCUUCACGAUUAUCUGAAUCCCGCCUUCGAUACGAAAAUGUGAUCAACUAAUGUUGCAUCUGGACUGAGUCAGUUUACUAAACAAUGUUUAAAUGUUGUUGAACAAUAUAUACAGACGAACAAUUUCAACAAAUAUUUCUCAUGAUCUUAUUAACCCAUGUAUGCCUAGCGUCUACAAAAAAGCCAUGGCAAACAGCGUACACUCAAAUGAGACGUCGUCUCAUCAUAGUCUGCGCUGUUUGCUUAAAAGAAUUUCUGUUAUAAAUAUACAAAAUAGAAAUAAAUAUAAAACACAUCCCUAAUUUUGGAAAUAAAUUGAUCUAAUUUAGAAGGAUGGGAGAGUCCAUUAUGCAUAAAUAGGUUAAAAGUGAAAGCAAAUCUAUUACGGUUAACUCAAUUUAUUUAAUUGGUUUUAGUAAUAUAGAAAUGCACUCGUAUUUUAUCAAUUGCCUAGCAUAAGGGAACAUUUAUGUCUCCCCAUCUAGUGUAUGUAGAACUUUUUAUUUUGCUGGAAAUAUCACUGUGGAGUAUGAGUGCCUGGAUGAAUGUCUAUCCUGGUUAAAAAUGUUUAUUGUGUGCGUGUUCGUAACCUUAGUGCAGUUUUUUUCUCAAACUUCAAAGAAUUGAGCAAUACCGAGUCAAGUUGUACAUGUCGUACAUGUCGUCACCAAAUCAUGGUCUGUUUAAUUGUGGACCCGUGAGUUUUGGGCCUUUAAAAGUUUGUAACAUAAGAGAACUAAGUGAAUCGUGUUUUCGAUAACCACUGGAUGGAUUUUUACGUAACUUUAUGUUUGCAAAAGUGAUGAGAGCUACAUGGAAUGACGUUCCGCACACCAUCUGAGCUAUCGGUACCUGUACGUUAUUUGUUAGUUGAAGAACGAAAUUUUGUUCUUUGUUUGCAAACAAAUCACUUCGUGUCACGAAUGAUGUUUGGAAUGUGUGACUGGAAAAUGUACAAUAAUAUACAUCUGUGAUAAUGCAACCGACAUUGCGUAUACAAAUAAAUUGAUUUUAUUUUUCUACAUUGUAACAUUGAUGUAUAUAUUCUUUAUUUUUUUGUAUCUCUUUCUUGUUUUUAAUAAAUCGUUAUUAUAUA